UCAUCUUACUUUAUACAGUAAUAAACAAUGAUACGUUUUUAGAAUGCUUAAGAAACGAGGAGAAGAGAGUUAGCUAGGAAGCACUUGUUAACUUUGAAUUUUUCUCUUGCAUUCAUGAACUCAUGACAAUGUCAAAACCAUUCCUAUUCAUCUUCAUACAUUGAUAGAUUUUCAGUUUGUUAAAUAGAUUAAGUAGCUCGAAAGUACUUGACUAAUCAUGUUGGAUCUUAAUCUCGGUUUUACAAAUAUUGAUGCAACUAUCAUGAUUCCUCCUGAACAAGACCGCGAAGAAAUGCAUGAAUCAUUCAGUUCAAAUACAGACAAUGGAUGUGAGUCAAGCAAUGCUGGUGGUGAAAACGGCUAUUCUAUGAAUCAGUCUGAGUUUGUGACAAGGCAGCUGUUUCCUGUGACAGAUUAUGAUCACCUAGCAGAAUGUAGCUUUGCUUCUGAUAAACCGAUUUCCAGUGUCUCUGUCAGUGAAGUUCCGCCUCAAAGGCAAGCUGUGGCAAAGAAGAGUAGACGUGGACCGAGGUCUCGGAGCUCACAGUACAGAGGAGUUACUUUUUACAGGAGGACUGGAAGAUGGGAAUCUCACAUCUGGGACUGUGGAAAACAAGUAUAUUUGGGUGGAUUUGACACAGCUCAUUCUGCAGCUAGAGCAUAUGAUCGUGCUGCAAUAAAAUUCCGCGGUAUUGAUGCAGACAUCAAUUAUAAUCUCAGGGAUUACGAAGAUGACAUGGAGCAGAUGAGGAGUCUAGGCAAGGAAGAGUUUAUACAUAUACUCCGUCGCCAGAGCACAGGCUUUGCGAGGGGAAGCUCAAAAUACAGAGGUGUCACACUUCACAAAUGUGGUAAAUGGGAAGCUCGGAUGGGCCAAUUCCAUGGCAAAAAGUAUAUUUAUCUUGGCCUAUUCGACAGUGAAGUUGAAGCUGCAAGGGCUUAUGACAAGGCAGCCAUCAAAUGUAGUGGAAGGGAUGCUGUGACCAACUUUGAGCCUAGUGCAUAUGAACAAGAGAUGGUCUCUGAGAGGCGCAAUGAAGGCAAUGAUCACAAUCUUGAUCUGAACUUGGGUAUAUCAACCCCGUCUUCUGAAAAUGGUCCGAAAGAAAAUGAAAAUUCAGGGCAUCUCCAAUUUAUUUCUUAUGAUAGGAUGAUGGAAGAUAGAAGAGCACAGAUCGAAAAUGCUGUUACAGCAACCGGAGGCAACCCAAAUCUCACGGGGCUGCCAGUAUCACAACCACCUUAUAUGUGGAACCCUGCAAAUCCUAAUUUCUUUCCCUCCCAUGAGGAAAGAGCAACAGGAAAAACAAUUCAAGUAGGUUCAACAAUAGUAGCCCAGAAGUGGGCAUGGCAAGUAGAUGAUGGUGAGGUCCCUACCAAUCCAAUGAGGAUAAAUUCUACUGCAGCAUCAUCAGGAUUCUUAUCACCGGCUAUCAAUGUGAUAUCCCCGGCUUCAAUAAAACCUCCAACUCACUAUUAUGUUUCAUCUGCUUCCAAUUUUCCGCACUACUUUUAUCAGAUGAAGCCAAAUCCCCAGUAAUUUCUAUACUCUUUCAGCAGAAAGUGUGUACGUCAGACAUACUGCUUAUGCUUAUCCUUGUAAUCUUUUUAUGUAUUGCGAAAGAUUUGAUUUAUUUUAUUUUUUUAUUUUUCUAAAUGAUUUAAAAAAAAAUUAUUGAACUUCAA